AUGACGAUCAAAAUGAUUCGUUACGUAAUCGUUCUACUAGCUCUCUCCAUCAUCACAGUAGUCCAUGGCCGUGAAUUGGCUGAUGACCUUAUCCGGUUGCCGUCGGAAAAGCAUGACUUCUUCGACGCCGGAAAAGACGACUCCGUUGGCACCAGAUGGGCCAUCUUGCUUGCCGGAUCUAACGGUUACUGGAACUACAGGCAUCAGGCAGAUGUUUGUCAUGCAUUUCAAAUUUUGAAAAAUGGUGGUGUCAAGGAGGAAAACAUUGUUGUUUUCAUGUAUGACGACAUUGCAUAUAAUCGAGAGAAUCCCAGGCAAGGAGUCAUUAUUAACAGCCCAGAUGGUGAUGAUGUAUAUCAAGGAGUGCCAAAGGAUUACACUGGGAAAGAUGUCAAUGUUGACAACUUUUUUGCUGUUUUACUUGGAAAUAAAACUGCAGUUAAAGGGGGAAGCGGGAAGGUUGUGAAUAGUGGUCCGAAUGAUCGUAUUUUCAUUUACUACACUGACCAUGGUGGUCCUGGUGUGCUUGGGAUGCCGACAAAUCCAUACCUGUAUGCUGAUGAUCUUAAUGCGGUUUUGAAACAAAAGCAUGCUUCUGGAACAUACAAAAGCUUGGUAUUUUAUCUUGAAGCUUGUGAGGCUGGAAGUAUAUUCGAGGGUCUUCUUCCUCAAGGUUUAAAUAUCUACGCAACCACUGCCUCUGGCCCAGAUGAGAGCAGCUGGGGUACUUAUUGUCCUGGGGAGUAUCCUAGCCCACCCCUCGAGUACGACACAUGUUUGGGUGACUUGUAUAGUGUUGCCUGGAUGGAAGAUUGUGAUGUACACAACCUGCGAACAGAAACUAUCAAACAGCAAUAUAAACUGGUUAAGGAAAGAACCUCAAGUGACAACUCUUAUUAUGGAUCCCAUGUGAUGCAAUACGGGGACUUGCCGCUUAGCAAAGAUAACCUCUACUUGUAUAUGGGUACCAAUCCAGCAAAUGAUAACUUCACUUUCGUUGAUGAAGACUCCCUACAGCGACCAGCAAAAGCUGUUAACCAGCGUGAUGCUGAUCUUCUACAUUUCUGGCAUAAGUACCGGAAGGCUCCAGAAGGAUCUGAGACCAAAACUGAAGCUCAGAAAAAGUUUGCUGAAGCCAUGUCUCAUAGAAUGCACAUAGACAGCAGUAUACAACUCAUUGGCAAGCUUUUGUUUGGAUUGGAGAAGGGUCCUCAGGUGCUAAAUGCCGUCCGACCUGCAGGGAGGCCUCUGGUCGACGACUGGGCCCGCCUUAAAACAUUGGUGAGGACAUUUGAGACACACUGCGGAUCCUUAUCACAGUACGGCAUGAAACACAUGCGAUCCAUCGCUAACCUGUGUAACGAAGGAAUCACAAACGAACAGAUGGCGGCUGCAUCAUCACAAGCGUGCACCACCUUCCCCUCAAACCCGUGGAGCUCAAUCAGCAACGGUUUCACCGCAUAAUGUUGUUGAUUCCUCAAAGACUGGUGGACCCGUAUGCUUACAUUGUCCAGAUAUCGUAUAUUUGUGGUUUCCCAAUCGGCCCCUUAACAAUAUACAUAUAUAUAUAUAUAUUAUAUAUAUUAGCUUCUUGUAUAUAGAGCCUGAAGCUUCUCCUUCUAGUACUUAGGUCCGCCACGAAACUUGUUAUAUACCAUCAUCAUCAUUUGUAUGUGAUGAUGCCAUAAUGGUUAUUAUGCAAACCAUGUACCUGCAUCUGUAUGUAGAAAUCAAUCGUAGUGUUUACGCGUUCAAAAAGUUGAAACUCAGCUUUGUGUCUUC